AUGCAAAAAAAUAAUUAUAAAGUUUUUAAACUUCCACAACCAAAUCAAUCGGUUUAUACAACAUUUCCAUUUAAGAAUAUUUUAUCUAUUUUUAUUGCAAUUAUGAGAGUUCCUUAUCGAGUGGGAGAUUAUAUUCGAAAAAAUAAACUAGAAGCUCAUCCAUUUUUGGAGAUUUAUAAACCACCAUUAAUUCAUUAUAUUGUACCAUUAAGUAAUUUUGAUGCUUAUAAUGUUCCGGAAAUUAACAAUGAAUGA